AUGGCGACAAAUAAACCUACCCGCAGUUUGCCAGGCUGCUUCAAUGGCCGCCUCCUUUAUUCCUGCGCAUUGAUCGCGCUCUCGCAACUCAACUUUGGCAUGGAUCAGUCAGCCUUCAGCAACACGCAAGCGAUGCCCGCAUUCAAAGAAAUGUAUGGGACCUACAACAAGACCACCAAAGCAUAUGAUCUCGACCCUGUCUUCCUGUCGCUUCUCAACAGCGUGCAAUUCAUCGGGUUCGUGUUCGGUCUUGUUUUCGGCAAUCUGCUUAGCCGGCGUUUUGGCCGUCGAAUCGCGAUGUUCGUCAUGUGUUGGUGGGCUAUUCUCUCUGGCAUCAUCCUCCUGCUGUCAAAGACACAGACGCAGACCAUAACGGGCCGAACGAUUGCGUACGUCUAUAUCGGAAUGGAGUUGGCACUCGUCCCAGUUCUACAGUCUGAGCUUGUGCCUGCUCAGGCCAGAGGUUUUGUGGUGGGGACAUAUCAGUCAGGUCUCUUGCUUGGAAGCUUGAUAAUGGCAAUCAUUUGUCGAGGAACUAGCGAGAUCGAAGGACAUGCUUCUUGGAAAAUCCCAUAUGGGCUUUUCUUCGUCAUUCCUUCGUUCCUAGCGGUCGGCGUGUGGUGGGUUCCAGAGUCUCCUAGGUGGCUACUGACUCGUGAUCGUUCCGACGAAGCCUUGAGAUCCCUGACUUUACUGAGAGAAGGACGAUAUUCUUCUGAGGAGAUCGAGGUCGAGUUCAACGAUAUGCGGACGGCUCUUAGCCAGAAUAUCAAGAAGGGAUCGCCCAAAGAUCUGUUUCGAGGAACCAACCGAAAGCGAACCCUGAUUACGAUCGGGGUAAACAUCUUUCUCCAACUCACAGGGCAAAACUUCAGCUCCAAGUACGGAACUGUAUUUAUACAGAGCAUCGGAACUGUGAAUCCCUUCGUUAUGUCUUGUAUCAACUCUGCCGUUGGGAUCUUCGUUGUUCUAAUUACCCAAUUCCUUUCUGACAAGACUGGCCGCGUACCUCUUCUUACCGCUGGAGCUUUCAUUCAGACUGCAGCUUUGAUGGUAAUGGGUGGGUUAGGAACUGUGGCCCAGCCAUCCUGGAGUGUUAAAACAGGCAUUGUCACCAUGGUCACCAUCUUCAACGUGGGCUUUUCGCUCGGCUGGGCUCCGCUUUCACAUGUUGUUGCUGCUGAGAUCCCAACUACUGGCCUCCGAGACUUGACUUACGCCCUAGGUUCGGUGUUCAAUAUUGUGAUCCAGUGGGCUGUUGCAUUUAGCGUUCCCUACUUGCUCAGCGCUGAAUACGCGGGUCUCGGAUCCAAGGUUGGCUUCAUCUUUGGUGCGACUUCUUUCUUGGCCAUUCUCUUCUCUCUAUUUUGUGUUCCCGAGUGCGGAGGGAAAACUCUCGAGGAGAUUGAUGAACUAUUCCUCCGCGGUGUUAGUAUCAGGGAUUUCCGUAAGGUUAAAAUAGCCCCUCACAUCAGCGACCUUGAAGAUGGUCCCAAGACGAAGAAGGAUGGGUCUGAAAUUUCGGUUGUAGAUGGACUAAAUUAA